AUGGCUCAUCAUCAAGCGCGGACGGUGGCUAUGGAUCCGCCACAUAUCACUGAAUUUGCUUCCGAGCGUUACUUCGAAAAGUUAAGCCAGCUCAAUGCACACCAACAUCAGCACCAACAUCCUCCGACUCGAGACAAUCUUGAUGCCUCCACGUCGCCCUCGAGAUUUAUUCUUCCUCUACGAGAAACGAAAACCGCCGAUGUUGAACCUUUAAGGCCUCUUGACCAGAAGCGUGAUAAGUCAAGGUUUUUCGGCCUUCGCUCAAAGGUUUCGAUCCUCCACUCUAAAUCGAACGUAUCGUCUGGUCAUGCGCCUCGAGUUUCUGUUGAGACGCCGCAAAAAAGUGCUAGCUUUGAUCAGCUCUUCCUAGGACUUCCCAACGAAUUACAGAUUCAAAUCAUUUCUGCCCUCCCACUAACCGACGUCUUGAACCUCCGACUUGCCUCCAAAUCGUGGCAUGCUCUCGUCACUUUCAACGAAAACACUAUCGCUCGAUAUCAUCUUGAACAUCAUAUUCCCGCUUACGCCUCCCGCCUCUACCCCAUCACAGACCCGAGCGAGAUCAACUUCCAACAUCUAUGCGGUAUAUGGCAUCGAUUACACGUCGCUGCCAAGCUAGCCUUUCUGAUGUGUGAAUGGAUCACAAAAGAUAUCUUUCUUCGCCAAACUGAAGCUCAACGACUUGCAUUUGCACCUCAGAACGAGCGCAUGCGACGACGCCUAAUACCUCUUCUAUUUACCAUAUUUCACUUCUUCGAGACGUACAGGAAAUUGUACCUAAAGCGUAUGGAUGAGAACGGAGGAAAAGGAUUGAGACGGGAACCUUAUACUUUGAACCCCAUUGAAGCCGAAAUCAUGAGCAUGUACGACGACCAAACCUUAUUAAGGGUUCACGAAGUCUUUCCCCUUGUAAUAUCAUCCUUCUGUCGGAGACUCCGACCACCGACAUAUGUUGGUAGAGUCGAGCGAUCACUUCGUGGCUAUAUUCGAGAGAAACCGUCCGACGAUAUGCAUGUUGCCAUUUUGUGCAUUGGUGGACUCCGACAAGUCGAAAGGUUAUGGGAAAUCAAGGGCUACAACAGCAGGCGUGGUGCUGUCGACACAUGGUUUAAUGCUCUCACGAAAGAGGCGCCACCUACUGAACAGUCAACUUCGAAACCGAAACGAGGUCUUUUUGGACGCAAAAAAUCCACUAGUGAAGCUCGAUCGUCUGCUACUGGAUUGAACAAGGUCCGGAGUUCUGGCUCAAUAGAUGGGAAUAUGGAUUGGGAGACCAAUCUUGUCUUCAAUACGAGUUUAUCUGCUGGGGCUCCCAUGUCACCUCUGACCUUGCAACAGGCUCAGGCAUUACUCAGCGACCUUCCCGUACUGCAACAAAUAUGGCUCACAACAGCCGAAGCCUUGAUUCUUCAGCGUCGGGUUGUCGAGCGUCCACAGGAUAUCAAACGCAACCAACAAGUCAUGCUGGAUUUGAUCAGUGAAGAUGGACUGGUAGAAGAGGACGAAUGGUGGUACGGCCGCAGCAUUCCCGAUUCUGUGCGGCCUCCCGUCGGUGUCACUGAUGACGAUACGGAUUAA